AUGCGUCUCGCUCGACUCUCGUUCCUGGCUCACGCCCUUCUCCUGACCGCCGUUGCGGCUCAGUCUGUCGCAGUCACCGACCUUGUCAAUUCUAUCACCAGUGACACUAGUUCAUCAUCCGAACCUGCUACCUCCGCCGACCCGACCACCAGCAGCUCUUCCUCCUCCUCCUCCACUACUUCUUCCUCGUCGUCUUCCGAAGAGCCAACCACGACUUCCGCCGACCCAACCACCUCUUCUUCCUCUUCUUCGUCCAAACCCACCACCUCGGCUGAGAACACCGCAGACAACACCUCAAAGACCACUUCAUCCAAGAACAAUGAACCCACCAAGACCUCAAGUGAGGAUAGUUCCUCUACAUCGGACUCUCCGUCCACCACCCAGACUCCCGUCGUCGAGACCAUCACUUCCUACCAAACGGUUAGCGGUAGCACCGUGCCCCAUGUCAUGACCUCCACUUCUACCCCCGCCGCGGCAACAUCUCCCUCGCUCAGUGGUGAUAGCAGCAGCAAUUCCAGCAGCGGUGUCUCCGAUUCCGACAAGAAGAUCAUCAUCGGUGUCGUCGUUGGUGUCGGCGGUGCCAUUGUCAUUGGUGUUUUGGCUAUCGUCAUCUGGCGUAUUCAGAAGAAGCGCAGCGGACAGUACAACGAGGAAGAUGAUGACCUGAUGGGCGGCACUGCUGUUGGAUCUGGUCCCCGCGAGAAGGCUCCCAGCCCCGCUGCCGGUGCCCAAGGUACCCCCUUCAAGAGCACACUCGACCAGUACCACAACCCUGGUCCCGUCAACGCUGCAUCGAACUUCUAA